AUGGCGGCGGGGCGCGCCCCCGCGCGGGGGCCGACGGGAGCCGAGUUCGAACGGCGCCGGCGGGCCGCGGCCGCCAUGGCGGAGGAGGCGCUGGAGGACGGCGCGGCGCGGACCCUGCCCAGCCUCAGGCAGCUCUCCCGGGCUCUGCCCUUCGGACGGAGCCACGGCCGCCUCGGCAUCAGCUCCAGCGGCCGCCUCAUCGUGCCGGCGCUGUGCUCUCAGGAAAACGUGGAUCCGCAGAAGACAGCGUUCGUGCUGUGCAAAGCCUGGACGCUGUACAGCGUGACCCCCCUGUACGGCUUCCGCCGCGCCCGCCUCAGGGACUACGCGCGGCUGCUGAGCGCCUUCAUCGCCGCCGAGAAGCAGAAGGGGCUGGCGGUGGAGGUGGGCGUCGAGCUGGACAUCAAGGUGGCCCUGUCCAGCCUUGCCGAGCUCCGGGGCAGCGAGCUGGACCAGGCUGCCCUCCUCGUUCAGCUCUCUUCAAGGUCACGAGCUUCCUCCAAGAACUCUGAAGACAAACUGGUGUGGUCGGGCUGGUUCUGCUCCAUGUUUGGAGAUGACUUUUCCGAGAACGUGCCGGAGGACUUCACCUGCCUGCCCCUGUUCCUGACCCACGGGGCCGAGACCUACACGUCCUUGGUUGGCAGCUGGUUCCAGAAAACUUUUGACUGCUGCUUCCGCCGCCUGGCCAUCAGCCCCCUGAACCUCAGCUGGAUGGUGGCCAUGUGGGCUGGCUGCAAGCUGGACAGAGCUGCCUCUGCCGUGGAACUCGUCUUCUCCAUGCCCCGCCUGUCCCAGCCCUUGGAUAUUUCAUACGCCAUCCACCCAGAGGAUGCCAAAGCUCUGUGGGACACGGUGCAGAAAACGCCAGGAGAGAUCACCCAAGGGGAGGUGGAUGUCUUCAUGGACUGCCUUUACGCCCACUUCCACAGGCACUUCAAGAUCCACUUGUCAGCUGCGAAGCUGGUGAAGGUCUCCACAGGGGUUGCCUCGGCACACUGUGAUGGGAUUGUAAAGAUUCUACACAGCCAAUACCUGCCUGAAGUGCUGAUGCUACUGACUGAACUCGCAAUCUCUCAGAUACAGUGAGAGCCAUUUCAGUAGCUCUUCAUACUAAAAAGGCUUUCUGUUUGGACAAUCUGUGCUGAGAAACCACCAGGAAACUCACUCCUGCAGCAUCUUCUUUCCUCUCAUUCUGGCUGUCCAAAGUCGGACUGUAACUCCAGCAUUUGGCUGUGUAACUCCAUGCCAUGCACAGCGAAGUCAAGCAGACAUUUGGCCCUGAAGAAGGGCUGCAAUGCAAACUUGUGACAGCUUCCUGAGCACCUUUGUUUUCUCAGAGUCACUCGUUCCAUUUAUGUGCAGGUAUCACCUCAGAGACAAACAGUGCAAAUUCUUGAUGCAACUUACUGACAGGUAUUUCUAUUGUUUCAAAGUUGGUUUUUACUGGGCAGCCUAAGCUACACAGACCUUGGCCUUGGCUAAACUGUGACUACUCUUGGGCUAGUCUAAGUGCAAGGUUCAGCACACCUUAUAAAGGGUACAUGCUCUACAAUCCAGGGCAGAAAAAUCCAGGUUUCUAACUCCCUUUUUGGCUUGUUAAGGGUAUUUGAUAAUGGUGAUAGUAUUUAUUUAUGUUCCAGUUGGGCAUGAGAUUGGACACAAGGCACUUGUCAGCCUGUUGGCCCUCUCAGGCAAGUUAAUAGAUAGGAAAGUGAGGUGUGGAUAAGCUUGUAAUGUAAUGUUUGUAAUCUUGGAUGCAAUCCUGUGGGCCAGAGAGCUCUCAGGGUUGGAGCUGUGUGCUGUAAUUUGAUGUUGGAUCCCUCCCUUUUGGAGCAGGGAAGUGUUCAAAGGAACAGUGUACAGUGUCUAGCUAGACAGUUAAGGAGCAGAAAGUAGCACCUGCUAAGACAUUUUUGUAGUACAGUAUUAAAUAAAGAAAAUAUGUUUCAUCUUAUGUCUUAAGGAAAGACCACCUAUGUCUAACUAAAUGUAUCCUUGCACGGGGCUCAUUUCCAACUACAGCUUACCUGACCAAACCACCUCUUUUUACUUAUUAAAUGCUUCUGUGAGCAGCAAAAUUCCAAGUCUAGUUUCUUGCUUCGUACUUGUACAGCAUCUCUAGGAGCUGAUUUGUGCUACGACCUCCUCCUAAACAGGGGUGCAAGUUUCCUUUCUUUUCCCAGUGUAAAGCUACAUAACAUGACAUAACUGCAUGUCUAGUUCCUAACCUAUUUCCAGAAUUAAACAAAGAAACACGCAUUUGGUUUCAGAUUCUUUACUAGAUGAAGAUAGAUUAUUUUUGCAUGUUAAAGUUGAAGUCUGUGGUAUAACUCUUACCCUGGUACCAUCAGCUAAGUGAUCUUCUGAAGGUCUUGGCAGCUCAGAAGCUACUUUAACUAUCAGUUCUGGUGCUUUAGCUUCCUUUUUGGAAAUAUCUCAGACAAAGUUUGCUAUCUGGAGUCAGGAGAGCACUGGACAAAGGAGUACAAGGUCUGGAAAUAACUGGCACCUGUAUUUGGUUUGAAAAUAGGACUGUUACAUCUAGGGCUAAGUUUUAAAUCUAAUCCUCAGAUCUUUCCAACAAAUAUACAUAAAUCAUCCCUGAAAACCUAAAUUCUUAUAGCCUCUUUUAACCUCUUCCUUGUGUUGUCCUCAUUGAUAAAUGCAGUUAAUUGAGCAGAGAUAAGAUUUAGCCAGAUAGUAC